GAUGAUUUUUCUAAAGAAUUUCGAUACAAUAUUCGACAGUAUAAUGCAGCACAUGCCUUCACUUCUCUUGGUGCAAAAAUUGACCAAUCUGUUUUUGACGGUUAUGGACCAUAUAGCCUCCAUAUAUGCAGAGAAUUAUAUCAUCGCAUGGGUUCUUUGCUUCCUGAUUUAGACGCUAAAGCAACUUAUGCUCAACUCUACAUUUAUGAUCUAGAGAUAGCAUAUCAAUUAAGGAUAGAACGGAAUGAAUCUUUAUCACCAAAUAUAAUACAAUCUCCUGAAAACCAAAGUAAUAUACCACGUUUAACUCAAUUAGAAUUUUAUACUUUUCGACUUUUUCCAUGGCACAAUAAAUUUUCUACAAUUCUUCAUGAUGAAAAACUAUUUCAAGAGUUCAUUGUUGACACAUGGGCUGUAUGA